GUGAGGCUGUCUCCGCGCUGGGAGGGCGCGGCUCGUCUGCUCUCCUCUCCGCAGCGGCGGAGGCCUCCAUUUUCCCUUCGGCCCCGAGCGGCGGGAAGAGACCCUCAGAACUGCAGCCAUGUCUGACUUUGUGGAGAGUGAAGCAGAGGAGUCAGAGGAGGAGUACAAUGAGGACGGAGAGGUGGUUCCCAGAGUCGCCAAGAAACUCGUAGAAGAGGAUGAUGACGAUGAGGAAGAGGAGGAGGAGAAUCUUGACGACCAAGAUGAACAGGGUAACCUCAAGGGGUUCAUUAAUGAUGACGAUGAUGAGGAAGAGGAGGAGGAGGAGGAAGCCAGCGACUCUGGGGACUCAGAGGAUGAUGUUGGCCAUAAAAAGAGAAAGCGCACUUUUGAUGACCGCCUGGAAGAUGAUGAUUUUGACCUCAUUGAAGAGAACCUGGGUGUCAAAGUCAAAAGGCAAAAGUUCCGGCGCGUGCGGAAGAUGUCAGACGAUGAGGACGAUGAAGAGGAGGAUUAUGGGAAGGAAGAGCACGAGAAAGAAGCCAUCGCUGAAGAGAUCUUCCAGGACGGAGAAGGGGAGGACGGGGGAGAGGCUGCUGAAGCCCCCCUCACUGCCCCCGAAGAGGAGGAAGAGGAGGAGGAAGAUGAGUCGGACAUCGAUGAUUUCAUUGUGGACGAUGAUGGGCAGCCCCUGAAAAAGCCCAAGUGGCGGAAGAAGCUCCCUGGAUAUACUGAUGCGGCUUUGCAGGAAGCUCAAGAGAUCUUCGGUGUGGACUUUGAUUAUGAUGAGUUUGAGAAGUACAACGAGUAUGACGAGGAGUUGGAGGAGGAGUACGAGUAUGAGGAUGAGGAGGCCGAAGGGGAGAUCCGCGUCCGACCCAAGAAGACCACCAAAAAGCGCAUCAGCCGGCGUAGCAUCUUCGAGAUGUACGAGCCCAGUGAACUAGAGAGCAGCCACCUCACAGACCAGGACAAUGAGAUCCGCGUAACGGACAUGCCCGAGAGGUUCCAGCUGCGCUCCAUUCCUGUGAAGAGUGCAGAGGACGAUGAGCUGGAGGAAGAAGCUGACUGGAUCUACAGGAAUGCUUUUGCCACACCUACCAUCUCCUUGCAGGAAAGCUGUGAUUACUUGGACCGCGGACAGGCUAGCAGCUUCAGCCGCAAGGGGCCCAGCACCAUCCAGAAGAUCAAGGAAGCCUUGAACUUCAUGAGGAAUCAGCAUUUUGAGGUCCCCUUCAUCGCCUUCUACAGGAAGGAGUACGUGGAGCCAGAGCUGCACAUCAAUGACCUCUGGAGGGUGUGGCAGUGGGAUGAGAAGUGGACCCAGCUGAAGAUCCGCAAGCAGAACCUGACCCGCCUGUUUGAGAAGAUGCAGGCCUACCAGUACGAGCAGAUCUCCGCUGACCCUGACAAACCCUUGGCGGAUGGGAUAAGGGCCCUUGAUACCACCGACAUGGAAAGGCUGAAGGAUGUGCAGUCCAUGGACGAGCUGAAGGACGUGUAUAACCACUUCCUGCUGUACUAUGGGCGUGACAUCCCCAAGAUGCAGAACGCGGCCAAAGCUGCUCGGAAAAAGCAGAAGCGUAUCCGGGAGGACGGCGAAGAGGAAGAAGGUGAAGGGGAGGACGCAGAGGAUGAGGAGCAGAAGGGGCCCGAGUUGAAGCAGGCAUCACGCAGGGAUAUGUACACUAUCUGCCAGGCUGCUGGGCUGGAUGGCCUGGCGAAGAAGUUUGGUCUGACACCUGAGCAGUUCGGAGAGAAUCUCCGGGACAGUUACCAGCGCCACGAGACAGAGCAGUUUCCUGCAGAGCCCCUGGAACUGGCCAAGGAUUAUGUGUGCAGUCAAUUCCCAAGCCCUGAGGCUGUGCUAGAAGGGGCCCGCUACAUGGUGGCUCUGCAGAUUGCCCGGGAGCCACUGGUCAGGCAGGUCCUGAGGCAGACUUUCCAGGAAAGGGCCAAAAUCAACAUUGCACCAACCAAGAAAGGGAAGAAGGAUGUGGACGAGGCCCACUACGCAUACUCUUUUAAGUACCUGAAGAACAAGCCAGUGAAGGAGCUGCGGGAUGACCAGUUCCUGAAGACGUUCCUGGCUGAGGAGGAGGGGUUCCUGACCAUCGACAUCAGCAUCGACAUGAAAGGAGUGGAGGGUUAUGGUAGCGACCAGACAUAUUUUGAGGAAAUCAAGCAGUUCUACUACCGGGAUGAGUUCAGCCACCAGGUGCAGGAGUGGAACCGCCAGCGCACCAUGGCCAUUGAGCGCUCCCUCAACCAGUUCCUCUACGUGCAGAUGGCUAAGGAGCUGAAGAACAAGUUGCUGGUGGAGGCCAAGGAAUAUGUCAUCAAGGCUUGCAGCCGGAAGCUAUACAACUGGCUGAAGGUGGCACCGUACCGCCCCGAUCAGCAGGUGGAGGAAGACGACGAUUUCAUGGACGAAAACCAGGGCAAGGGGAUUCGGGUGCUGGGCAUUGCAUUCUCCUCUGCCAGGGACCACCCUGUGUUCUGUGCCCUUGUGAAUGGAGAGGGCGAGGUCACAGACUUCCUCCGCCUGCCGUACUUCACAAAGAGGAGGAAUGCCUGGCGGGAGGAAGAGCGGGAGAGGAAGGCCCAGGACAUUGAAACACUGAAAAAAUUCCUUCUCAACAAGAAGCCUCACGUGGUGACGAUUGCAGGGGAGAACAGGGAUGCCCAGAUGCUGAUGGAAGAUGUGAAGCGGAUCGUGCACGAGCUGGACCAGGGGCAACAGCUGUCCUCCAUUGGGGUGGAGCUGGUAGACAACGAGCUGGCUAUUCUCUACAUGAAUAGCAAGAAGUCAGAGAACGAGUUCCGGGACUACCCGCCUCUGCUGCGCCAGGCGGUCUCCCUGGCUCGCCGCAUUCAGGACCCCCUGAUUGAGUUUGCCCAGGUCUGCAGUUCUGAUGAUGACAUCCUGUGCCUGAAACUGCACCCUCUGCAGGAGCAUGUGGUGAAGGAGGAGCUGCUGAAUGCCCUCUACUGUGAGUUCAUCAACCGGGUAAAUGAGGUGGGCGUGGAUGUCAACCGAGCCAUCGCACAUCCCCACAGCCAGGCCCUCCUGCAGUAUGUCUGUGGCCUGGGGCCACGCAAGGGGACUCACCUGCUGAAGAUCCUGAAACAGAACAACACGCGCCUGGAGAACCGAACUCAGCUGGUCACCAUGUGCCACAUGGGGCCCAAGGUCUUCAUCAACUGUGCUGGGUUCAUCAAGAUCGACACAGCGUCACUGGGGGACAGCACGGAUUCCUACAUUGAGGUCCUGGAUGGGUCCAGAGUCCAUCCUGAAACCUAUGAAUGGGCAAGGAAAAUGGCCGUGGAUGCCCUUGAGUAUGAUGAAUCAGCAGAGGAUGCAAAUCCCGCUGGAGCUUUGGAAGAGAUCCUAGAAAACCCCGAGCGCCUGAAAGACCUGGAUCUGGAUGCCUUCGCUGAGGAGCUGGAGAGACAGGGCUAUGGCGACAAGCACAUCACUCUGUAUGACAUCCGAGCUGAGCUGAGCUGCAGGUACAAGGACCUGAGAACCCCCUACCGCUCUCCGAACACGGAGGAAGUCUUCAACAUGCUGACCAAAGAAACCCCAGAGACUUUCUACAUCGGGAAAAUGAUCAUCAGCAACGUGACAGGGAUCGCACACAGGCGGCCUCAGGGGGAGAGCUAUGACCAGGCGAUACGGAACGAUGAGACCGGCCUGUGGCAGUGCCCUUUCUGCCAGCAGGACAAUUUCCCAGAGCUCAGCGAGGUGUGGAAUCACUUUGACAGCGGCUCCUGCCCUGGCCAGGCAAUUGGGGUGAAGACGCGGCUGGACAACGGGGUCACGGGCUUUAUACCGACCAAAUUCCUCAGUGACAAAGUGGUCAAGCGCCCGGAAGAGAGGGUGAAGGUGGGAAUGACCGUCCAUUGCCGGAUCAUGAAGAUCGACAUCGAGAAGUUCAGCGCAGACCUGACCUGCAGGACAUCCGACCUGAUGGAUAAGAACAAUGAGUGGAAGCUGCCCAAGGACACCUAUUAUGACUUCGACACGGAGGCCUCUGACCACAAGCAGGAAGAAGACAUGAAGAGAAAGCAGCAGCGCACCACUUACAUCAAGAGGGUGAUCGCCCACCCCUCGUUCCACAACAUCAGCUUCAAGCAGGCGGAGAAGAUGAUGGAAACCAUGGACCAAGGGGACGUCAUUAUCCGCCCCAGCAGCAAAGGGGAGAACCACUUGACAGUCACCUGGAAGGUGAACGACGGUAUCUACCAGCACGUGGACAUCCGUGAGGAGGGCAAGGAGAACGCCUUCAGCUUGGGCUCUACUCUCUGGAUAAACACGGAGGAGUUCGAGGACCUGGAUGAAAUCGUCGCCCGCUACGUCCAGCCGAUGGCAUCUUUCGCCAGGGAUCUACUGAAUCACAAGUACUACCAGGACUGCAGUGGCGGAGACAGGAAGAAGCUGGAAGAGAUGCUGAUCAAAACAAAGAAAGAGAAGCCAACUUUCAUCCCGUACUUCAUCAGUGCCUGCAAAGAUCUUCCUGGCAAAUUCCUGCUGGGGUACCAACCUCGUGGCAAGCCCAGGAUAGAGUACGUGACAGUAACGCCGGAGGGCUUCCGGUACCGGGGACAGAUCUUCCCAACAGUGAACGGACUCUUCCGCUGGUUUAAGGACCACUACCAGGACCCUGUGCCAGGGAUCACCCCCAGCAGCAGCAGCAGGACCAGGACUCCAGCUUCCAUCAAUGCUACUCCUGCUAACAUCAACUUGGCUGAUCUGACCCGAGCGGUGAAUGCCCUGCCUCAGAACAUGACGUCACAGAUGUUCAGUGCCAUUGCCGCAGUGACGGGCCAGGGGCAGAACCCCAACGCUACGCCCGCACAGUGGGCAUCCAGCCAGUACGGCUAUGGUGGCAGCGGCGGCGGCAGCAGUGCUUACCAUGUCUUUACGACUCCGGCGCAGCAGCCAGUGGCCACCCCCCUGAUGACCCCCAGUUACUCCUACACUACCCCCAGCCAGCCGAUCACAACGCCGCAGUAUCAUCAGCUCCAGGCCAGCACCACCCCUCAGUCCACGCAGUCGCAGCCGCCGUCGCAGCCCUCAUCCAGUUCCAGGCAGCGACAGCAGCCCAAGGCCAACAGUCAUGCGGCCAUCGACUGGGGGAAGAUGGCCGAGCAGUGGCUCCAGGAGAAGGAGGCAGAGCGGAGGAAACAGAAGCAGCGGUUGACUCCACGCCCAUCUCCCAGCCCCAUGAUCGAGAGCACACCCAUGUCCAUCGCCGGCGACGCGACGCCACUGCUGGACGAGAUGGAUCGAUAGGCCUGGCUGGACCUGCCCCUCACCCUCUGCUCUCAGGGAAGGGGGAGGGGAGGGAGAACAGUUGGAAGCAAGUCCCCUUCCUUA